AUGUCAAAUCAAGGCUUCAAAGCACUUGUCAUUGCUGUGGGCGGGACCUUUCCCAAUCUUAGACAAGCGGAUCUAAAAGCACUUAUUGAGAAGAAUGGAGCGACCUUCAGCACGGCAGUUACAGAGGAUAGUACCCAUCUGGUGACUACUGAGAAGGAUGUGGAGAAGGGAACUACCAAAUAUAAACAAGCUUCCCAGGUUGUCAAUUGUCACAUUGUCCCACUUUCGUGGCUUCUUGACUCAGACCAGGCCAAGAAGCCAUUGCCGGAGUCAAAUUAUUCAUUUGGGCAGGCUGAGCAGGCGUCUAAGUCAGACGAAGACACAAAUACCAAGGUUGUGGACGCCAAUGCGUCUGUUCCUAUGGAUAACAAGCGUACCUUGAGGAAACGAGCUGUGGAUGCGGUUUCUCCCGAAAAUGAUGCUGAAAAAAAGACAAACGACACCAAGAAGAAUAGUGCAAAUGGUAAAGCUGCCAUGGAUAAGAAACUUACAACCAAGAAACGUCGCGCGGAUGAAGAUUCUGGUAAGAGUGGUUCAAACAAAAAGGCAAAGGACAUCCAAAAGACAGCCACAACGGCGAUUAAUGUCCCAAUUGACGAUGGCUUCGAGGAACUGGGUAAACUCAAGGACCCAAAAGUCUACAUUGACAGUGCAGGCCUCAUCUGGGAUGCCACCCUGAGCCAGACUGUGGCAGCCAACAAUGCCAACAAGUUUUAUCGUGUUCAAUUGUUGGCUGGUGCAAACUCAAAGUACUUUGCAUGGACGCGCUGGGGUCGAGUUGGGGAGCAUGGGCAGUCAGCUUGUCUCGGGAACGGUCAUUUAGCAGACGCAAUGCAGCACUAUGAGAAGAAGUUCAAAGACAAGACCGGCCUCAAGUGGUUGAACCGACUCGAUAUUCCUAAGCACGGAAAGUACACAUUCCUUGAGCGCAACUAUGAAGAGGACGACGAAGGGGAAGAGCAAGUGAAAGCGGAGAAAACUAUGAAGGAAGAAGACGACAUGCUGCCCCAGCCUGAGAGCACUUUAUCUGAAGGGCUUCAAAACCUCAUGUCUUUCAUUUUCAACAAACAAAACGUUCUCGACACAUUGGCCGCAAUGUCCUACGACGCUCACAAACUACCGCUGGGGAAGCUGAGUGACAGAACUUUGAAAAGCGGAUUCAUGGUUCUGAAAGAGAUCUCCGAGCUCAUGAUUACACCUACCUUGGCACAAGAAAAGUAUGGCCUACCAUACACUGAUGCCAUAGAGACAUUGAGCAACCGAUAUUUCACCUUGAUACCCCACGUCUUUGGUCGCCACCGACCCCCGACCUUGAAUACGAACGCACAGAUCAAGAAGGAAAUCGAUUUACUGGAGGCACUGACUGACAUGGACGUUGCGAAUGAAAUCAUGGUAUCGUCCAAGGAAGACGAUGACACCCACCCAUUGGAUCGCCAGUUCCAGAGUCUGGGCAUGGAGGAGAUGACAGAGCUGGAUCAUAAAUCAAGCGAGUUCGUAGAACUCGAGAACUACCUCCAGAACUCCCGCGGCCAGACACAUAACAUGAGCUACAAGGUAGUGAACAUCUUCCGCAUCGAGCGCCAAGGUGAAAAUGACCGCUUUAAUGCCUCCCCCUACGCCACUAUCCCAAACAGCGACCGCCGCCUCCUCUGGCACGGAUCUCGCAGCACAAACUUCGGUGGUAUCCUCAGCCAAGGACUGCGCAUUGCACCGCCCGAAGCACCUGUCAACGGAUACAUGUUUGGUAAGGGUGUGUAUCUAGCUGAUACAUCGAGCAAAUCCGCAAACUAUUGCUGUCCCUACAACAGCCGGGGGAUGGGAUUGCUUCUUCUCUGCGAUGCGGAGCUCGGUGCGCCCAUGCUGGAGCUUGAACAUAGCAACUACAACGCUGGCGAAGUGGCGCACAGUGAGGGCAAGAUUGCGACUCUCGGCAAGGGUUCGAACAUUCCUGGUGGGUGGAAGGAUGCUGGGUGUUUGAAUCCGUCUUUGCAGGGUGUGACAAUGCCUGAUGUGGCUAUGGGCAUGACCGAAGAUCCUCAAAGUGGUUUGUACUACAAUGAAUACAUUGUGUACGAUGUUGCGCAGAUUCGACAGCGAUAUUUGUUCCAGGUUAAGAUGAACUGA